AUGCGCGGCCCGCGGCUGCCGGCGCUGCCCGCGCUGCUCUGGCUGGCGCUGGCCCCGCUGCCCGGCCCCGCUGCCCGCGCCGAGCUGCGGGUGCGGGUGCGGCUGCCCGGCGGGCAGGUGACGGAGGAGAGCCUGCAGGCCGACAGCGGCGCCGACUGCGUCAGCCUGGAGCUGAGGGCGGCCGACGGCGCCCUCGUCACGCUCACGGCGGAUUUCAGACAGGAGGUGAAGAUUUUCCGUGCCUUAAUCCUGGGGGAGCUGGAGAGGGGCCAGAGCCAGUUCCAGGCCCUGUGCUUUGUGACCCGGCUGCACCGCAACGAGAUCAUCCCCAGCGAGUCCAUGGCCAAGCUGCGCCAGAAAAACCCGCGGACAGUGAGGCAGGCAGAGGAGGUGCGAGGCCUGGAGCACCUCAGCAUGGACGUGGCCGUGAACUUCAGCAAGGCAGCCCAGCUGAGCUCCCACAUCCACAACGUCUGCGCGGAGGCCAGGGAGGCCAUUUACACCCGGGAGGAAGAUGUCAAGUUCUGGCUGGAGAAAGGGGUGGACGGCUCCAUGUUCGAGGUUCUCCCCCGGGGCUCAGACCUGCCGGAGCUGCAGCGCUGCCGGCAGUGCCCCGAGCGCUGGAGGCCCUGCAUGUGCAGCUACUCGCUCAGCAUCGAGUGGUACCCCUGCAUGCUCAAGUACUGCAAGAGCCGCGACGCCGCGGGCAGGCUCAGCUCCUACAAGUGCGGCAUCCGCAGCUGCCAGAAGGGCUACACCUUCCACUUCUACGUGCCUCAAAAGCAGCUCUGCCUCUGGGAUGAGGAAACCUAGAGCCAGGCCGGGCCUGCCGGGGGUGGUUUGUCUGCCCCAGCGAGGAGCUGGCUGCUCUGGAGAAGGGAUGAUGUUCACAGCGGUGCCUUGUGCUCUGUGCCUUUUCCUCGUGGCCUGUCCUGGCCUCCCUCCCCACGGGGCCCUGCCCCUGGCUCCCUGGAGCAGGAGAUGCAGGUUUUGGGGUGAAGCACAGGGAAAUGGGGUGCUGCCCUGCUCUGCAGCUCACAGGGGCACUUCCCAGCCUCGAGGUGAGCGGGCAGGGCGAGGAUUUGCUGACCUGACAUCUCUGCUGCUGAAGAACCCCCUUUGCUGCCUUCGCCACCUCCUGGUGACACAUCCACGGGGAAACAGCUGAUUUGUGGGACCACAGCCCCUGAACAAGGAGGCUUUGAAGCCCACCCAAAGCGAGAGCCUGCCUUUAGCUUUUCCUAGUGCCUGACUGGUUAUAUCCCCCUGUGGAUGGAAGAGACACCAGGGGGAAUAACCCAGCAUCUCAUGCCCCUGAAGGGCUGGUAAUUAGGGCUUUAAUUAAUCCCUCUCUAGACUAGUGAAGGCCCAACUUUUUGUGUUGGCCUUGUGACUGUUCCACUAAGAAAGAAACAUCUAGAGACUCGUGACUGCCACCAUAACCCUGUGAUGGAAAGGGAGAGGAGGAUCCCUGGUGGGUUCUGAAGCAGACAGGAUUCUACAUCCGCGUCCAGUUUUCUGUCCUGCUCUGCCAGCUAUUCACAAGAAGCUCUUAAAUAACUGUACUGCUUUGCUGUGCCUUGGUUUCCCCCAUAUGUUAAACAAGGGUGACACUGAAGUUGUCCUUGGCCCUGGAAUGUUCCAGAAGGGACCAGACAAAGCACUGGAAGUGCUGCUUGGGUCUGUGUCCUCUUCUGCUAAAUUAGGACAAGCACAGAGGGGAGAGAAGCUCUUGGGCUCUUGAGGAGCCCCUGUGCCUCCUGGUGAAAAGCCUUCACAAUGUGCCUUUUUGCCUAAAAUACAGGAAUUUUUUGCAAAAGAAGAAGAAAAAUAAUUUGGUUACAAUUAUUUUUGUAUCGAUCACUUAAGGGGGUGGGGGGAGAAGGGAAAGGUAUUUUAAUAUUGGAACAUGAAGUAAAACACACUUGAAAUAAUUUUUUUUUAAAAAAAAGACAAAUUAUUUAUCAUUUGUAAGGUAAAAAUAAACUGAUUUUUUAAAGCA